AUGUCGAAUUCUAAUGUUAUUAUCGCCCAGAGGACCAACAACAAAGCUAUCAUCGCUCUUUCCUCCAUUAUACAUGCUCUUCACGAAGUCGAAAGCUAUGCCGUGGGACGGCUAGUUACUAAAGAUGGCAAAUCUCCUACCUUAGUUUUGUUAGCUCCUUCAAUUGACCCCGACUAUGAGUGCUUGCUUGAGGUCCAGUUGCCGUUUGCAGAAGAUGUCCGCUGUUAUCGUUUCCCACCCCUGGAUAGGGUUACUACCAUGUCCGGAAAAGUUGUCAAGGAGCAUCGAAACCUGCCAAACGAAAAUCUCUUAUCGGCUAUGGAAAAAUAUGUGGAAAAUAUGGAGCUUGUCCAGCCUGGAGAAGAAGGGGUUGACCAGGCCAUUCGAUGGCGGGCUAUCCACCCUACUAAGCCACUUCCCCCAAUCCCGAAAGUUCUCCAGAAACAGUCCCGUCAGCCUGACGAGUUGAUGGAACACAGCAAGUCAGCAUUGGAGCAACUAAUCAAAACAUCUGAUGUUAAGAAAGGCAAGUUAAAACCCAGCAUCCCAAGAGUAGGACGAGGGGAUCUAAUCUCACCCCCUUCUCAUCAUAUCUUCUUACUGACAGCCAUUAUAGUUCCACCAAAGGUGAAAGGCCGCAAAAGGAAUAGGAUCACCGAUAAGCCACUCUCUGGACUGGACGUGGAUGCUCUUCUACAAGGCGAAAAGCGCCAAAGAAUUUCCCCAGAGAAUGCAAUACCCGAAUUCAAACAAGCACUUGCGAACACGGAUGAUAUCAAUACCGUCAAGGAGUCUGUAAAACAGAUGUGCGCGAUUAUUGAGAACCAAAUCAAGCACAGCCUGGGCGAUGCCAACUAUGAUAGAGUCGUUGAAUACAUAGGAACCAUGAGGGAUGAACUGAUUUCCUUUGAAGAACCAGAUCUAUAUAACGAUUUUAUUCGCGAAUUAAAACGGAAGUUGCUGGAUGAUAAAUUAGGCGAAGAUAGGAGAGAGCUUUGGUGGCUUAUUCGGAAGAAAAGGAUUGGCCUCAUCGAUGACAAGCUGGUAGAGAUAUCGAAGGUUACAGAACAAGAAGCGAAGGAGGUAUGCAUAUAUCCAAUCCCAACCCCCAUAUUUGCUGUUACAAACUAA